GUGACCGGUGACGGCGACGAGUUCCCAUCAUGGAUACAGAUUUGUAUGAUGAAUUUGGUAACUAUAUUGGACCAGAAUUGGAUUCUGAUGAAGAAGAUGGCCUCGGCAGAGAUGAUGAUCUGGAUGAUGAUGAUGAAGAUGAUGACGAAGCUGUCGAUCAGGAUGAUGAUCAUGCUGGAAUGGAGGUGGUGCUGCAUGAAGAUAAGAAGUAUUACCCCACUGCAGAGGAAGUAUAUGGACCCGAGGUAGAGACAAUCGUUCAAGAGGAGGAUACUCAGCCACUCACUGAACCCAUUAUUAAACCUGUCAAGAAAAAGAAAUUUACAUUGAUGGAACAAGAGUUACCAGAAACAGUCUAUGAUAUGGAGUUUCUUGCAGAUUUGAUGGAUAAUUCUGAGCUAAUUCGAAAUAUUACUCUUUGUGGGCAUCUACAUCAUGGAAAGACAAAUUUUGUUGAUUGCUUGAUUGAACAAACACACCCAGAGAUUCGUAAAAAGGACGACCGUGAUCUUCGAUAUACCGAUAUACUCUUUACGGAACAGGAGAGAGGAGUCGGUAUAAAAAGUACGCCUGUCACAAUGGUACUUCCAGAUUCCAAGGGAAAAUCCUAUCUCUUCAACAUCAUAGAUACUCCGGGACAUGUAAACUUCUCUGACGAGGUUACGGCUGGUUUCAGAAUCUCAGAUGGCAUGGUACUGUUCAUCGAUGCAGCAGAGGGGGUAAUGCUGAACACUGAAAGACUAAUCAAACAUGCUGUACAGGAGAAACUGGCUGUCACUGUUUGUAUCAAUAAAAUAGACAGACUUAUCCUGGAGUUAAAGCUACCACCGACUGAUGCAUAUUACAAACUACGCCACAUUGUGGAUGAAGUCAAUGGUUUGCUUAGUGUCUAUUCAACGGAUGAAAAUCUCAUUGUUUCACCUCUUCUGGGUAAUGUUUGCUUUGCCAGUUCUCAGUACAGUAUUUGCUUCACUUUGGGAUCCUUCGCCAAGAUCUAUGCUGAUACUUAUGGGGACAUUAACUUUACAGAGUUUGCAAAGCGUCUGUGGGGUGACAUUUACUUUAAUCCAAAAACACGAAAGUUUACAAAAAAAGCGCCAACCAGUAACUCUCAGAGAAGUUUUGUAGAGUUUGUUCUGGAACCUGUUUAUAAAAUUCUUUCUCAGGUUGUUGGUGAUGUGGAUACUACUCUGCCACGUACAUUGGAUCAGCUCGGUAUUCAUUUAACAAAGGAGGAGCUGAAAUUAAACAUCAGGCCCUUGCUUCGACUCGUCUGCAAGAAGUUCUUUGGUGAAUUUACAGGUUUGGUGGAUAUGUGUGUGCAGCAUAUUCCAUCACCUCAGUCUGGUGCAAGGACCAAAAUCGAACAUACAUACACAGGCAGCCUGGAUUUGGACCUUGGCGAGACAAUGCUCGAAUGUGACCCUGAUGGGCCUCUGAUGUGCCACACCACCAAAAUGUAUAGUACAGAGGAUGGUGUCCAGUUCCAUGCAUUUGGCAGGGUUUUGAGUGGAACUAUACAUGCAGGACAGCCAGUGAAAGUACUUGGGGAGAACUACACAUUGGAAGAUGAAGAAGAUUCACAAAUCUGCACUGUGGGCAGGCUCUGGAUUUCAGUGGCAAGAUAUCACAUAGAGGUUAACAGAGUUCCAGCUGGUAACUGGGUGCUCAUAGAAGGAGUGGACCAACCUAUUGUAAAGACAGCUACCAUAACAGAACCAAGAGGAAAUGAUGAGGCUCAGAUAUUCAGGCCUCUCAAGUUUAAUACAGCAUCCGUCAUUAAAAUAGCCGUAGAACCUGUAAAUCCAUCUGAACUUCCAAAAAUGUUGGAUGGAUUAAGGAAGGUCAACAAAAGCUACCCAUCACUAACGACUAAGGUGGAAGAAUCAGGGGAGCAUGUAAUACUGGGAACUGGAGAACUUUACUUGGACUGUGUGAUGCAUGAUCUCAGAAAGAUGUAUUCUGAAAUUGACAUUAAGGUGGCCGAUCCUGUUGUAACAUUCUGUGAAACUGUUGUGGAAACGUCAUCUCUGAAAUGCUUUGCAGAGACACCCAACAAAAAGAAUAAGAUCACAAUGAUUGCAGAACCUUUGGAAAAAGGUUUGGCAGAAGACAUCGAGAAUGAAGUGGUCCAAAUUACAUGGAACAGGAAGAAACUGGGUGAAUUUUUCCAGACGAAGUAUGAUUGGGAUUUGUUGGCUGCCCGUUCCAUUUGGGCUUUUGGACCCGAUACCACAGGCCCCAACAUCUUGGUUGAUGAUACUCUACCGUCUGAAGUGGAUAAAGCACUUUUGGGUUAUGUGAAAGACAGCAUUGUCCAGGGAUUCCAGUGGGGAACACGAGAAGGACCACUUUGUGAUGAGCCAAUUCGUAAUGUGAAGUUCAAGAUUCUUGAUGCAGUGAUUGCACAGGAGCCGUUACACAGGGGUGGAGGACAAAUUAUUCCCACAGCCAGGCGAGUCGUGUAUUCCGCUUUCUUGAUGGCCACUCCUCGUUUGAUGGAACCAUAUUACUUUGUGGAGGUGCAAGCACCAGCAGACUGUGUAUCAGCCGUGUAUACUGUCUUAGCUAGGAGAAGAGGCCACGUCACCCAGGAUGCACCAAUCCCAGGUUCUCCACUUUAUACAAUUAAAGCAUUUGUACCAGCUAUUGACUCGUUCGGUUUUGAGACAGACUUGCGGACACACACUCAAGGACAGGCUUUCUCCCUCUCGGUCUUUCAUCAUUGGCAGAUUGUGCCGGGUGAUCCUUUGGACAAAAGCAUCGUCAUCAGACCCUUGGAGCCACAGCCUGCUCCCCACUUGGCCCGAGAGUUCAUGAUCAAAACAAGGAGGAGAAAGGGCCUCAGUGAAGAUGUUAGUAUCAGCAAGUUUUUCGACGAUCCUAUGUUGCUGGAGCUUGCAAAACAAGACGUGGUCCUUAAUUAUCCAUUGUAACUGGAGCAACAAUCUCGGAGCAGGGAUGCAAUUUUCUUGCAACUCAUGGCAGGAUUUUGUACAUUUUACUGUUUAGACAAAACCACACCGAUGCUUGGGAAAGCAUGGAUUGAAUAGGCCAGAAAGUGAGGUGUUCUAAAUUUUGUAUUUUAGAGUUGCAGGUUCAAUGUUUCUUAUAGAAGACAUUUCAAAAUAAAGGUGGUUCAUUUUUCUUUCA